GCCUGAUUUAUGGAACUCGAGCAUCGCAACAUAUAACUCCGCAUUUCCAUCGCCUCUAGGGUCAAGGACGUUUAGAAUAACGUCUAUGCCCAUCCUUCAUUCUUCCGCGUUUCUUACGCCACUAUUGCGACACCCUUGCAGGAGAUCUAUCUCUUGGGCUCUAGCUCCCACCAGCUAUCAUUCAAUUCUCUACGGCGCAUUAUCGAAAGUAAACCCUCAAUCUCUAACCUCGCCAACGGGGCGAUUUGGAGUCUAUAGGCGGACGAGGGGGUUUUCCAGCACCAUUUGUCCGAGCGCACCAAGCGCAUUUCUUACAAUGGCAGAUUCGAAAGGCAGGAAGCAAGCUACUCUGGGGAGAUUCUUUGGUUCGAACGCAGACUCGAAAGACGCCCCCAAGAAGCAAACCACGUUAGCCUUUGGCAACAAGAAGAGCAAGACGAAGAAAGAUACAACUGAAUCAGAACAGCCGCAAGAAACUGCGCCUGCCAAUGGACGUGCCACUAACGGACACGGAAGCGAUGAUGCCGAAGAGUCUGUUGGCUCCAAACCAGAGGCCGUCAAGAAAGAAGAGCCCCAAGAUACAAAUGGAUUGAAGAGAGAGAACAGCAGCGAAGGUGAAGACAGCGAUGUUCAGCCUGCAAACAAGCGCCGCCGUAAAACUGCCCGUGAAGACGACACAACCUCCACCCCGAAAAAGAGUUCGCCGCCGCCCAAGAGUCCUCAAAGGCGCUCUCCUAAAAAGGCCUCCCCCCCGCCUGUUAUCGAAAAGGCAUCAGGAGAAAAGACACCCGAGAAAGACCUGGAAGUCUCAGAUAAGGAGGAAGGAGAGGAGGAAGCACUUUCCGCUAGCGAGGAUGAUGACGAGAAGCCCGAGUUAAAAAAGAAAAAGAUUGCGAAGGCCCAAGCGACAUUGCAGGCAAGCGGAACUGAGCCAUAUCCCGACUGGAAGGCUGGCGACCCGGUUCCAUAUGCCGCUCUCUGUACCACCUUUUCACUGGUUGAGAUGACCACGAAACGAUUGGUCAUCAUGGCCCAUUGCUCUCUCUUCCUUCGCCAAGUAAUGCGCUUGACACCUAAUGAUUUGCUCCCCACGGUUCAACUUAUGAUCAACAAAUUAGCCGCGGACUAUGCAGGAAUUGAGCUUGGUAUUGGCGAGUCCCUCAUCAUGAAGGCCAUUGGCGAGAGUACUGGGCGGAGCUUAGCUGUGAUCAAGACAGACCAGCACGAAAUCGGAGAUCUUGGCCUGGUUGCCGCCAAGAGUCGAUCCAACCAGCCGACUAUGUUCAAGCCGAAGCCCCUCACGGUCCGAGGCGUGCACGAGGGUCUUCUCGCCAUUGCGAAGGUCCAAGGUCACGGUUCUCAAGACAAAAAGAUCUCCGGUAUCAAGAAGCUCCUCUCGGCUGCUGACUCCGCCUCGGCGGGCAAAGGAAGCAAAGGAAUCGAUAUCACCAAGGACAAAGGUGGACCUAGCGAAGCCAAAUUUAUCAUUCGGUUCCUGGAAGGAAAGCUCAGACUUGGACUGGCGGAAAGGACUGUGCUUGUCGCCCUUGCUCAGGCGGUAGUCGCGCACGAGGCCGCUUCGAACGGCGAGAAGACCCCCUCCGCUGAGAAAUUGGCGGAAGGCGAGGCGACUUUGAAGACCGUGUACAGCGAACUGCCAUCAUAUGAGGUGAUCAUUCCUGCCAUUCUCGAGCACGGUCUGUCCAACUUGCGCAAGGUUUGUAAGCUGCAACCAGGUGUUCCCCUCAAGCCUAUGCUUGCAAAGCCAACCAAGUCUAUCACGGAGGUGCUGGACCGCUUUGAGGGGAAAGAAUUCACCUGCGAGUACAAAUACGAUGGUGAGAGAGCACAGAUCCACUUUGUCGCCCCUGACUCCAUCGACCAAUAUCCGGGGGCGACCGCCACGCUGCAAAAGGACAGCAAAGGCCUCAGCGCCAUCUUCUCUCGUAACUCCGAAGACUUAUCGAAGAAGUACCCUGAUGUGCUAGCCAAGCUUGACAGCUGGAUCAAAGAGGGCGUGACGAGCUUUGUACUGGACUGUGAGACUGUGGCCUGGGACACGGUCAACAAGAAAGUCCUGCCGUUCCAGCAACUUAUGACCCGCAAGAGGAAGGAUGUCAAAGCAGAGGAUAUCAAGGUCAAAGUUUGCAUAUAUGCCUUUGACCUGCUAUUUUUGAACGGAGAGCCUACAGUUAAAAAGAGUCUACGGGAGCGUCGUGAACUGAUGCACCAAUCCUUCCAAGUCACCGAGGGCGAAUUCCAAUUUGCUCAAUACGGGAAUACCAAUGUACUUGACGAGAUUCAGACUCUGCUUGACGACAGUGUCAAGGCAUCAUGUGAAGGGCUGAUGGUGAAGAUGUUGGACACUGAGGAAAGUGGCUACGAACCCAGCAAACGUAGUCGGAACUGGCUCAAGGUCAAGAAGGAUUAUCUCAGUGGAGUCGGUGACUCUCUCGACCUUGUAGUCCUCGGUGCCUACCAUGGCCGAGGCAAGCGGACUUCGGUCUACGGAGCCUUCCUUCUAGCCGCCUACAACUCGAGCACGCAGGCGUAUGAGACGAUCUGCAACAUUGGCACGGGAUUCUCGGAAGCCGUUUUGGAAGAAAUGUACAAAGAACUCUCCCCUCUUACCAUUGAUCGGCCCAAGCCGUUCUACUCUCACUCGACUGUCCCCAAGGACCAACCCGACGUGUGGUUUGAACCCCGACUCGUCUGGGAGGUCAAGACUGCGGACCUAACGCUCAGUCCGCGCUAUCAGGCGGCUGCGGAUGAAUUCAUGGGGACCACCGGGGGCGGAAAGGGCGUGUCCCUUCGAUUCCCGCGGUUCAUCAAAUCCAGAGACGACAAGAAGCCCGAGCAAGCGACGACCACGCGGGCCGUGGCGGAGAUGUAUCGCAAGCAGGAAGCAGUCCAGAAGGAGAGUGCAGGUAAGAAGGGCGUGGAUGAUGAUUUUGAAUACUGAGGGAUCUGGGUUCCUGCAUGUCUCUGAUGGAUUGGAUGAGAGGCACGGAGUAUAUGUACAUGUAAUGUCUUGUUCUAAUCACCGCCUUGGUGUGUCGGGUUCUGAGCGACACAAUGCACUAGACCGAUCUGCCUCUGUGCCUCUGUAAGGGCACAUUCCAUCCGUAGCUUUUGAUGCGUCGCAACUGCUGUUUCAUCUUCAGCUAGGGACCUCGGAC